AUGGCUUACAGCUCCCAAGAGGAGGGACAGGCCAUGCCAUUGGGCCACACGGGAAUGGACCCAACUUGUCCAGAGAGGGAGGGAGGGGAAUUCCGUACAGGGGCCUUUACUGUGACUCCUCAGGAGGCAACAGUGAGCUGGGUGCGCAGGGGCGGUGCGUGUCCGUCUCCCUUCAACGUCUUACCCGGAAGGCAAGGUUGUCGGCCCAGCGCCGCUGGUGUGGAUGCCCUUCGGGGACCCUCUGUCCCUGAGGGGCCAUCACCGGUGGUUGCGCGGCCCCAGCGGGGUGACUUGGCUCCUGGGUCAGCAGGGCUGGCGCCUGGCCACCAAGUCACCCUGAGUUGGAGGGGGCCGUGAGGGGUCGGGGCUGGGCUUCAGAAUCUGGGGAACACCUGCUACGUGAAUGCAGCCCUGCAGUGUCUGAUCCACACGCUGCCCCAGGACAGCUGGAUGGUGUCCCAGCAGCACGCCACCCUGUGUCCAGCCCGAACCUCCGGCACGCUCUGUGCUGGGUGAGCUCACGUGACCCGAGCCCUCCCUCACCCGGGAGAGGUGAUCCGGCCCCGCAAGGACCUGCUGCCGGGCUUCCACAGACACCAGCAGGAAGAUGCCCAUAAGUUUCUGAUGUUCACUCUGAAUGCCAUGCAGCAAGGGUGCUUGAGUGCAUCCACCGAGGACACCACCCUCAUCCAUCAGAUCUUUGGUGGGACUUGGAGGUCUCAGAUCCAGUGUCUCCACUGCCUCAGUGUCUCGGACACGUUCGACCCUUAUCUGGACAUCAGCCUGGAUAUCACGGCGGCGAGUGUGGAUCAAGCUCUGAGAGAGCUGGUGAAGCCCGAGAAGCUAGACGCUGAAAAUGCCUAUGACUGUGGCGUGUGUCUCCGGAAAGUGCCUGCCACCAAGAGGUUGACUUUGCAUAGGACGUCCCAGGUCCUGGUGCUGGUGCUGAAGCGGUUCACACAUGUGAGCGGGAUCAAAAGGGCUCAGGAAGUGCGCUAUCCCCAGUGCCUCGACCUGCAGCCAUUCACGUCUGAGCGGAAGGCAGGGCCACUGGGCUACGUGCUCUAUGCCGUGCUGGUGCACUCCGGGUGGAGUUGUGAGCGAGGACACUACUUUUCUUACGUGUGAGCGGGCAGCGGCCAGUGGUAUAAGAUGGACGAUGCCAAGGUGACCGCUUGUGACAAGAGUGCUGCCCUGAGCCAGAGCGCCUACAUCCUCUUCUACUCCCGGGAGGAGGUCGAAGGAAUCAGCUUAGAGCUGUGGAGACGCCUAAAAGAGCACAACUGGCCGAAGCCGUCCUCCAACCUCCGGAAGAUCCAGUCGGCCCUGCCUGCCGGCGCAGUCGUGAUUCACCAGUCCAAACACGGAGCAGGGAGAAACGGCAAGCUGCCUGAAGAGCACGACCGGCUCGACCGUCCCAGCACGGACAGCCCGCCUCCGGGCCCGAUGAGCGUUGGCAAUGGCCCUUGUGCUAGCGGGAGGGCCCGAGCGACCAAGAGGAAGAACAAGAAGCCGCGGCCAUCUCUGGGGCUGUGGUGGUAUUUAGGCUAUGAGGCACAUGCCUGCAGAAGCCCAGGCACACUCUGCGUGCGGCACGGCCUGUGUGACCCACCAAGUGUUCCUGCGAGGCGCGAGUUCCUCUCGGCGGUGUGGCUGGUGCAGCCUCCUGGAAAAAGGCGGGGCCUGCAGUGUGCCCGGUGCCACGCUGUUCACCUGGAUGGUGCUGAGAGGCCGAGCUCUAGAGGGCUGGCUCUGAUGGGAAGUUAUUGGAGAGGAAGGGCUGCGUGA